UGGCUUGAUCACAUGGCGACAGCUAGGCGGCAUCCACAGCAGGCGACCCAACUCGCACACUGGCCAGGCAUGCCGUGCUCCGACCACGCUCCUCAGUAUGCAACACCGGCAGGUCUCGUCGCGCCGCCCCGAUUGGCAAGAAGGCGCACACCGGUCAGCCCACCGCUGCGAUGUCUCCGGCGACAGCUCACCUGCGACUGGUAAAGGCUGAGACCCAAAAGGCAGAAGGAGAAUGUGCCACCGGAUCGAGGCCGUCCAGAGAAUGACCAACCGCGCCAGCAACCGUCUGAUCCUGCCCACCACGCGUAACGGCUUCCUCUUCCCCCCCAUCGUCUUCGAGUCCACACGGCCCCCGGAUCUACGGAACCCCGACGGCGCGGAGCGCACUCCGGCGGCCGGCGAUGAUGGCCGGGCGCAAUCACCACCAAAGCCACGGCCAGAGACUCCGUCGCCUCAUCCCGUGCAUCCUCGUCGUCGUGUUCGCCGUCCACGCCGUCUCCUUCGCUCUCUACCUCCUCCUCCAGCCCCACCAUCCUCCUCCAAACCCCGGGAAGCCCGAAGCUCAAACCCAUGAGAGAGUCCAAGCGCCGUCUCCCCAGAAGCCGUGGCCGCGCCUCCCGUCCCUCCUCCCCUGGACCGCCGACCCAUCGUUGCCGCCGCGCUCCUGCGAGGCCUACUUCGGGAACGGCUUCUCCCGUCGCGUGGAAGUCCUCCCGGAGGGGCGCGGGGGCGGCGGGUGGUUCCUGUGCCACCACAGCGAGACGCUGGGCAGCUCGAUCUGCGAGGGCGCGCGGGUGCGGCUCGACCCGGCGCUCAUGGCGAUGUCGCGCGGCGGCGAGCCGAUCGACCAGGUGAUGGGCCGCAAGGAGGAGGAGGAGCUGCCCAGGUACGAAUCCGGUGCGCUGGUGGUGGAGGGGGGCGCGGCGGGGAAGAGGGGGCCCUUGGUCGAGCCCGGGUUCCUCGAUGCCCACAUGCCCACUAACGGGAUCGGGACGCACACCAUGAGAGCGCUGCUCGACUCCGCGCGUGUCGUGCCGCCCGGUGAGCUCCACUGCUCCCAGUGGGUUGAAGAACCAACACUUCUGGUCACACGAUUUGAGUAUGCAAACCUUUUCCACACAAUUACAGACUGGUACAGUGCAUAUGUUAGUUCCAGAGUCACGAAUUUACCUGACCGUCCUAAUGUUGUUUUCGUGGAUGGUCAUUGCAAGGCACCACUGGAGCAAACAUGGGAAGCACUUUUUUCGAAUGUGACCUAUAUCAAGAGCUUCUCUGGCCCUGUUUGUUUCCGGCGUGCAGUUCUUUCACCAUUGGGCUACGAGACUGCUCUAUUUAAGGGGCUUAGCGAAAGCUUCAGCUGUGAAGGAGCCUCAGCUCAGUCCCUUAGAAAUAGACCGGACCACCAGAAAACUGCACGGUUGUCUGAAUUUGGGGAGAUGAUUAUAGCUUCUUUUGAUCUUCUGGAGGAUGGGAUCGUGCCGUCUAAAAAGACAUCAACUGGGCUCAAGGUUCUCUUUGUUCGGAGGGAAGAUUACUUGGCCCACCCACGUCACAGUGGGAAGGUUGAAUCUAGGCUAAGCAAUGAGCAGGAGGUAUUCGGUGCAGUAGAGAAGUGGGCAAAAAAAGGUCAGAAGUGCAAAAUAAAUGUGGUGAAUGGUCUUUUUGCGCACAUGAGCAUGAAGGAGCAGCUCCAGGCUAUCCUGGAAGCUUCAGUUAUAAUAGGGGCUCAUGGGGCUGGUCUGACACACCUGGUUUCGGCCACACCAGACACAAAAGUUCUUGAGAUAAUCAGCAGCUUCUAUCGGCGCCCACAUUUUGCCUUGAUCUCACACUGGAAGGCAUUGGAAUAUCAUGCCAUAAAUCUCCCUGGAUCAUAUGCAAGUAUCCCAGAUGUUACCAGUGAGUUGAGCAAUAUACUGAAAGGUCUCGGAUGCUGACACGGAGGUAUUUUCUUAGCGUUGAGGCAUUCAUCGUGAAAAUCGCCGCGAGCAUUGUUGAGUGGAUAAUUCUGUUUGGUUGAUAUACACUGGUCGCGCUAGCCACGCCCAUGCUUGCAGUUUCAGUUGGAGAUCAGUCUCCCCUGGUUGUUCAUUCAAUUCAAUCACGCCCGUGGUCUAGGAGCCACACAGCCCCUUUCCUCCGCAGAGGAAUUUUCUGCUGCCAGAUGUAGAACGAUAUUCCGCUGACAAGCUACUGAUGACAUGAAGAAACCCAAUUGACACUGUCCAUUCCGUUCUCUCGACGUGUUCGCCACGGUCCUGCAGAUAGAUCAAACUGUAAUUGUAAUUUUAUAGUUUGGGCUUGAACGUUUUUGUGUUGCAAUGUGAGUGUUUUGGAGUGCUUCA